AUGCCCUUACACCUUUACCUAAAGGAUUUUGGUUGGUAUAUUGUCGUUGGGAAUCUUGGGAUUAUGUCUGUACACCAAAUAGCCAGUAGCAUGAAAGCUUGGCAUGCCUUUCGGGAUUUAUGUUUGAGCAGAAGAGACCAGCAUUUGCUCUCAGAAGGUUACAUUCCUUCCAACAACCUGUGUUGCUUCUUCCUGCUUCGAAGUUCACUAUGGCUUCAGUUCAAACCCCAUCAGAUUGCUGCAGGAGCUGCAUAUCUUGCUGCUAAGUUUAUGAGUAUGGAUCUUACUUCAUGGAAGAAUCUCUUGCAGGAAUUCCAAACACCAUCAUCUAUAAUUAAAGGUAUCUUCGACACCAUGUUAAAUGUUGCAUUUAUUUUUGAAACAUCUACCUUGAACAUAUUAUCUAGACGUUAG